AUGGGAGCCCCGGCGAAGAUACCAUUGGCAAAGAAGGAUGCUCCGGCCUACAAAACCACGGCGCCGAUCUACGACGAGAAGGUAGCAGCCGAGGUCUACAACAGGGCGAUGGCCACUCAGGUGACGCUUACCCAGCGCGAACUACUCUCCCUCUCCGCUGAAGUUCGUUCGCAGGUCAGAGAAGCCAUGUCGGCACGCCGAUCGCCUGCCAAAGACGCCAGCAAUGUUAGGACCUUCUACCAAGAUGCCGAGCUACCCUACGCCAUCAACGAUCUCGAACCACCGACUCGACCAACCGUCUCCUCCUUCGUCAAUGUCCUGCACCAACCAGAAACACCCCCGCCGGGCGCGAUCAUCAUCCCCGACAUGUAUGAAACGUACCUGAAGAAUCUACAGCCCGGUCAGGUUCCUCAGCCGUUGAUAGUUGCUAAAGAAUCGUCUGCCCUAAGGUCCAUCGUUCCCCUCGUCGAUCAUCAGCAGGAAGUCGAAUGUGUCAUCGACCCGGGUUCACAAGUCAUCGCCAUGUCGGAAGGCAUUUGCAAUGAACUGGUGCUCAUCUAUGACCCCGAAAUCAUCCUCAAUAUGCAGUCGGCGAAUGGCGAAAUUGACCGAUCCUUGGGCCUCGCACGCAACGUCCCAUUCCUCAUCGGCGACAUCACCCUGUACCUUCAAGUCCACAUCAUUCGGAACCCCACCUACAACGUUCUCCUCGGUCGGCCCUUCGACAUCCUCACCGAAAGUAUCGUCAAGAAUUAUUCGAAUGAAGACCAGACGAUCACCAUCAGCGACCCGAACACAGGACGAUGA